AUGGCCACCGUGAAGAAGGCGAAUCCCUCCAUACCCGACGACCUCUCUAAUGUGGAGUUUGAGACGUCCGAAGACAUUGAGGUGAUUCCCAGCUUUGACGCGCUUAACCUCAAUGAACAUCUGCUUCGCGGUAUUUACGCCUACGGUUUCGAGAAGCCCUCCGCCAUCCAGCAGCGAGCCAUUCGGCCGAUCAUCAAGGGUCGCGAUGUGAUCGCCCAGGCGCAAUCGGGUACCGGCAAGACGGCCACCUUCUCCAUCGGCGUCCUCCAGUCGAUUGACACGCAGAUUCGCGAGACGCAGGCGCUCAUUCUCAGUCCGACGCGCGAGCUGGCGCUCCAGCAGCAGAAGGUGAUUCUCGCGCUGGGCGAGUACAUGAACGUGCAGUGUCACUCGUGCAUCGGCGGCCGGGCGCUCGGCGAGGACAUUCGCAAGCUCGACUACGGCCAGCACGUGGUGGCGGGCACGCCGGGCCGCGUCUUUGACAUGAUCCGCCGGCGAAAUCUCCGGACCCGAUCCAUCAAGAUGCUGGUGCUGGACGAGG